UGAAAGGAGCGGUACCAGUUGAACUAAACUGUUACUGUAUAAUUCAUAAUCUGUUUACACACAUAUUUAUGUUUGUUUUUGUGUUCGUUUCCGAUGGAUGAUGACAGGUUUGAUGUACAACAAGUUUCGUGUGACAUCUUGAAAGAGUUUUUAGAAACUGCCAUCCAUUGUGUUCUGUACAUCCGUGGUUUAUACCCUCCGGGAGUCUUUGAGAAGACUAAGAAAUACAAUGUUCCCAUUCAGAUGUGUGUGCAUCCAGAAGUCACUCAAUACAUCUCCAGCCUUGUUGACGGAGUUACGGUUCUUCUCGAAAAAAGGCUGGUCGACAAAGUUGUCAUUGUCAUACUGAGGGGAGAUAACUCUCCAGUUGAGAAUUUUGUCUUUGAAAUUUGUGGACCACUGACAAAAAACAGGACUGACAAUUAUUUGUAUGAUUUGGAACAGUCAUUACGUGCUUUCAUCCUCAAGUUGAACAUUUGUGACGGCUUGCUGCAGCCCUUGCCUUCUGAUUGCUCCUGGACUCUUCACGUUCACACACGAGAUUCUGCGAUACAGAAACUGGAAGAAAAACAAGACUCGCUGAACUUUCCAUGGGUGGAAGCUGAUGAGAAGGAGCAGACGGUAGUAGACUCAAAACUUGUCCCUCUCAAGUCGAUGAAAUCCAACUUAUUCCAGAUGCAAUUAUAUGUUGAGGAAAGUGAACACAAAACAUGAUCGUCCAUUAGACAUGAAAUGAUACCCAUUUGACUUGCAGCAAAUAUGCCAGUCAAUGUGUCACAAAGAUUCAUCACCUCAGGGUAGAAUGCAGGAGAUUGUCAAACAAACACAGUGAAAGUCUGUCAUUAUAUUCUGUGCAAGACAUACAGGGCAGAAUUUACGAAGCUUGUUUUUCUUAAACACAGGUGUUAAAUCAUUGUAAAUAUAUGUAGUUAUGCACAUUUACGAUAUAAACAGGCUUUCUAAAUUCGGCUCAUAGAUGUCUUCACAUGUGUAGGAGUCUAGGACACUUAUACGAGUCCACAUUUUUGUUACUCGACAUUCAUAAUGUUACGGUGCUAUUCAUUUUGAAAUCCUUAAAGGGGCAUAUCCUGAGUUGGCUUCCAUUUUGCUUUCCAUGUUUCCGACUAAGAGAGUCUUUUUGGUGAUUAAAAUUACAUACAGAAUAUAUUUCCAGGCACGGAUACAAGAUUUUUGAAAGAAGGGGUGGGGGGUGUCCAAAUGUGAUGACUCAUCUCUCCUUUUACACAGCGCACCUCUUGCAGCUGAACACAUCAUGCUCGAAUUUACAAAAAGGGGGGGUCCACUAUUGUUUUCUUUAGAAUAUUGGGGAUUACAUAAACGAGAUGUUUGUUGUCGUCUUAAUGUUUGUACAUGUAGUAUCCAAAACCAGAUUUUACCUCCAAUAAUUUCUUAUGUACGAAAAAAUAUACAUUACAGACUAAACUGAAAAAUGAUUUAUGUAAACAUUAGCACCCAGCCUCAAACAUAUUAGAUAUUCAGAUCUUGGUAUUUUUAAUCUGGGAAAAAAAAAAGGCUCUAUUAAGAAAUAGUUGUAAACGGAGGACAGUCGCUAUAAAAGGUCUUGCUUCUUGUACAAUAAUGCACGGCAGUUUUCGCUAAAACUUUAAAUCUGGUUUGACUGGCCUCGGUGGCGUCAUGGUUAGGCCAUUGGUCUACAGGCUGGUAGGUACUGGGUUCGGAUCCCAGUCGAGGCAUGGGAUUUUUAAUCCAGAUACCGACUCCAAACCCUGAGUGAGUGCUC